UAAUAUGAUUUUCUUCAAGCAACUUUCGUAUAUAAACUUUUUUUAAAAAAAAACACCGUUUAGCAAUUUAAAAAACGUGCGCGCGGAAUACGAGGGAGAGGGGUUGGGAACCCAGUGAUCUAAACACAGCACACAAGCAUCAAUCCUUGCCUGAACUAGGACUCAAAGCAAACAUUUAUGUAGCUAUAGCUAGCUACUAGCUACUAUGGAUCAAACGUUAACGUGUGUUGUCUCUCUCUAUAUAUACACAUAUGUUUAUAUGCAUGCUUGUGAUAUCCGGCCAUUGCUGCAAGAAGACUACGAGCAAGCAGUAUAGCUAGCUAGGAAGCUAGCGUCGUUGUUGCCCGGCCGGCGCCGGAGAAGAAGGAGAAGGAGAAGGCGGAGGUAGGUCGAGAUCAAUGGCGGAGGCGAUCGUGGGGCCGCUGGUGGGGAGGCUGCAGGAGCUGGCGCUGGGGCAGGCGCGGGCGCUGGUGGGGGUGAACGCCGACAUCCAGAAGCUCAAGGACAAGCUCAUGUGGCUGCAGGCCUUCCUCCGGGAGGCCGACGCCAAGCGCCGCGCCGUCUCCGACGAGGUCACCAAGGUGUGGGUGCUGCAGACGCGGGACGCCGUCUUCGACGCCGAGGACGCGCUCGACCAUUACUAUCUCCAGUUGGACAAGUCCAGGUACCCAUUGUGGAUUCGUCCCACCGCAAAACUUGUCACGACCUUUACAACACAGGCACACAUUCGACACAAGCUGUCUAGGAAAAUAAAAGCAAUCAAUUCAAGGCUUGAGGACAUCAUUGAAAACAAACAUAAAUACAAGAUCGAGGAGGCAAACACGAAGACAACUAGGACAUGGAAAGCUUCUACAUCAAUAUCUUACACCCAUAAAAAAUUGGAAUAUUUGCAUGAGUCAGACGUGCCGAUUCAUGUGGAAGAGCGAAAAAAACUAGAGAAAGUCCUUCUUACUACACCUGAAGAUCUACAUGGCAAAGAACACAAUCCAGUCAUAAUCUCUGUGUUUGGAAAAAGUGGUGUUGGCAAGACAACUCUUGUGAGAAAAAUAUUUAAAGAAAUAGGUAAGCAGAAGCAGUUCGACAUUCCAGCCAUGGAGUGUUUUGCACCUUACCUAUCCGCUACCAAUAUCUUACAACAAAUUGUUCAACAACUAACAACAGACAACCAGGAUUGCCCUAGAAAUAAGGUCCUCGAAAUUUUAGAAAAGAAAUUAAAAGAAAAAAAGUAUUUGUUGGUGAUAGAUGGUGAAGUUAGUGGUACUGAACUGAACAACAUUUUGAGUACACUCCCGAUUGGUCAUGCGGGUAGUAGAAUAGUUCAUAUCACAGAAAGUAAGCCAGAGGAGCCACCUAGCAACUAUCAUCAUGUCACCAUUGAGUUGAAAACAAUUGACAAAAGUAUAUCCAAGAAGAUGUUCCUACACCAUAUGGAAGUACAAAAUCUAGACCUUGAAAACCAUGAGGAUGAUAUUAUUUUUCAGAUUACUGGAGGGUUACCACUUGCAAUUGCUCUUUUAUCAGGUCUUAUGAAAACCAAGGAGUCCACUGGUGAGUGGCAGAAGGUAUUCGAAUAUCUUAAGUCCAAGCAAUCAAAACAAAUUGAUGAUAUGCUCUCAAUUUGCUUUGAUGAUCUUCCACAUGAGCUGAAAUGUUGCUUCCUGUAUCUUGCUGCAUUUCCAGCCAAUGUUACCAUUGAGGCACGCAACCUAGUGUCUAUGUGGGUAGCUGAGGGAUUUCUAAGGUCAAAAGUUGGCAAGUCAAUGGAGGACAUUGGCUACUUCUACUUGAAAGAGUUGUCGGCUAGGAAUCUAGUCAGUCUGGUUCAAAUGGACGAUGAUUCCAAUGUUAGCAAUAUGACUGUUACCAUCCAAAACAAAGUCCAUGAAUUUUUGCAGUUUGAAGCACAUGAGGCAAGCUUCCUAGAGGUACAUAGUGGUGAUGAUAUCCCCACAUUGACAAGUGCUCGUCGUCUCUCCUUGCAGAAUUACACUGAUAAAUAUGCUGUUCUAGCAAAUCCAUUGCCGAAGCUACGAUCCAUCUUCUCCCAGUUUGAGCAAGAGCCUAAAGAGGAAUUGGAGACCAUGACAAAAAGCAUCCAAGCAUAUGUAUGUUGUUCCCCUCAACAAGGUACUAUAGCUUCUAUGCAGAAGAAGAAUAUCAAAUCUCACAUAAAAGAACUAUUGCAUGGAUCUGAGUUCCUCCGUGUUAUCAAUAUACAAGGCAUUGAGAUAGGUAACAGGUUGACACGUGCAAUAGGCAAAGCCGUUCACCUCCAAUACCUUGGAAUCACUUCUUGCUCACUUGAAAACAUCCCAUCAUCCAUAGGAAAUCUUACAAGCCUUCAAACAUUGGAUGUAAGGGAAACUAAAGUCCGGAAGCUCCCAAAGGCAUUUUGGAUGAUCAAGACACUAAGGCAUGUGUUUGGUUUUAUCCUCAAAUUACCCAAGCAAACUGUCAAUUUGAAGCAGCUACAUACACUUGAUUCCAUAGAACUUGAAGAUUUUGAGCAAGGCUUGGAUAAUACACUUGGAGAGAUGAUCCAUCUUGAGGGCUUAGUUAUUUGGAAAAUCUCAAAUGGUAAUGUCAAAGCUCUGUUAAGUGCUCUAAGAAAGCUUGAGAGCCUUAAGACUCUAAACUUACAAGGUAACAAUAUUACAUCAAGUGUAUUCACCACCUUGUUCUUGCGUCGCCUCAAGUUUAUGGUUCUAGACGGGGAGUUGGACUUUUCAUCUGAUCAACUGAAUAAUGGGUUAGCCCUCCCUAAUCUGACUAUGCUUACAUUGAAGGAAACAAAAGUAACUCAGGAGUUUAUUAACAAGCUAGCAAAGCUUCCCUCUCUUGUCACACUUGCGUUGUGUCUAGGAUCCUACAAGGAUCAGGAACUUGUCUUCUUUUCUAAUAAAUUUCGAUGUCUACAGAAGCUCAAGGUUGACGUGGAGAAAUUGAAGAAAGUAGAAAUAAAGUUGAGUAUGCUUCCCAAACUCAAAAAAUUAGAAAUCCAGACACAUGACAGUCAUCACUAUCAAGAGCAUGAAGUAACUCAUCAGGAACACGAACAGAAGACAGUGAUCUCUUGGAAAAAGGAAAAUGCUAUUCAAGUUGAAUGAUGAAGCCCCUCUGAUGAGAUGUCACUUCUCCCACUAUGCAUGGCUAGACUCCGUUAUCUGUUAUGACAUGCUUGUUCUUUCUUGUGUUUCCGCCUAUACCUCUCUAAUUAAUAUAUCCAUAGUGUUGUCUAUGUAUGGAUUGAUUAUAAUAUUUGUCUAACCCAGGUGCGGUCAGUGUUGUCGUGUGUAUAUAUAGUAAGCUUGUGUAAUAAUGUGGUAAAAACUGUGAUGAUUACUCUGCCUCAAGUUCAUGCAUAA